UGGUAAAGAUAAUAAAUUUUGUAAACAACUAAAAAAAUUUAAAACAAAAUAUGUAGAACUUUAUAAUACAUUAUAUGGGAAAUCUAUUGAAUGUUUGAAUAAUUUUAAAAGAUUUUCUCAAUGCGAAAAAACUAAUACUAUGACAACAGCACUUAUAGGAACAACGGUUGGAUUAAUUCCCUUAUUGGGGGGACUAUAUAAGGUUAAAGAAAUUAAGUUUAACCCAUUUAGACAAUUGAUUAAUUCUAAAAAAGGAAAAUUAACUCAUGAUUACAGAAAUAAUGAUGACUAUAUAAGAAAUAUAAUAUUAAUGGAUCAGGAAAGUGAGAAUAUAAGUUUUAAGCAAGGAACGUACAAUAUUAAAUAUCAUUCUGUAUGA